GCUGCUGAUGUACUUCUGCAACAGGGAGCUAAUGUCAAUGUUCAAGAUGCAGUUUUUUUCACUCCAUUGCACAUAGCAGCAUACUAUGGACAUGAACAGGUAACCCGUCUCCUUUUGAAGUUUGGCGCUGAUGUAAAUGUAAGUGGUGAAGUUGGAGACAGGCCCCUCCACCUAGCAUCUGCAAAAGGAUUCUUUAAUAUUGCAAAACUUCUGAUGGAGGAAGGCAGCAAAGCAGAUGUGAAUGCUCAGGACAAUGAAGACCAUGUCCCACUCCAUUUCUGUUCUCGAUUUGGACACUACGAUAUAGUAAAGUACCUGCUCCAAAGUGAUUCGGAAGUUCAGCCCCAUGUUGUCAAUAUCUAUGGAGAUACUCCUUUGCACCUGGCAUGCUACAAUGGCAAAUUUGAAGUUGCUAAGGAAAUCAUACAAAUAUCAGGAACAGAAAGUCUGACUAAGGAAAACAUCUUCAGUGAAACAGCUUUUCACAGCGCUUGUACCUAUGGCAAGAGCAUUGACCUGGUUAAAUUUCUUCUUGAUCAGAAUGUCAUAAACAUCAACCACCAAGGAAGGGAUGGGCACACAGGAUUGCACUCUGCUUGCUACCAUGGUCACAUUCUCCUAGUUCAGUUUUUACUGGAUAAUGGAGCUGAUAUGAAUCUAGUAGCUUGUGAUCCCAGCAGGUCCAGUGGUGAAAAAGAUGAGCAGACAUGUUUGAUGUGGGCUUAUGAAAAAGGGCAUGAUGCCAUUGUCACACUCCUGAAGCAUUAUAAGAGACCACAAGAUGAAUUGCCCUGUAAUGAAUAUUCCCAGCCUGGAGGAGAUGGCUCCUAUGUGUCUGUUCCAUCCCCCUUGGGGAAGAUCAAAAGCAUGACAAAAGAAAAGGCAGAUGUUCUCCUCCUAAGGGCUGGAUUGCCUUCACAUUUCCAUCUUCAGCUCUCAGAAAUUGAGUUCCAUGAGAUUAUCGGCUCAGGUUCUUUUGGGAAAGUUUAUAAAGGACGAUGCAGAAAUAAAAUAGUGGCUAUAAAACGUUAUCGAGCCAAUACCUACUGCUCCAAGUCAGAUGUGGAUAUGUUUUGCCGAGAGGUGUCCAUUCUCUGCCAGCUCAAUCAUCCUUGUGUAAUUCAGUUUGUGGGCGCUUGCUUGAAUGAUCCUAGCCAGUUUGCCAUCGUCACUCAGUACAUAUCAGGGGGUUCUCUGUUCUCCCUUCUUCAUGAACAAAAGAGGAUUCUCGAUUUACAGUCUAAAUUAAUUAUUGCAGUGGAUGUUGCCAAAGGUAUGGAGUACCUUCACAACCUGACACAGCCAAUUAUACACCGUGACUUGAACAGGUACUUUUUUUCUCCUAAAUAA